CCCCUUUAAAUUCCUCUCAUAAGCUCUUUUUUGUCGUGUUACUUCGGUAACACAUAUACUAAAAUUGGAACGAUACAGAGAAGAUUAGCAUGGCCCCUGCGCAAGGAUGACACGCAAAUUCGUGAAGCGUUCCUCAUUUAUCAUUUUCCAAACUUAUUACACGGAUCAUAUUCUUCCAUCCGGGUCACGGGUCGCCCCCUUCAGGCCCCUCAGGGGAAAUAAGAAACAUGUGCACCACCAGUUCGAAUCCCUCUCGUUGUUGAAACAAACUCCUUAUGAUGACGUCAACCGGUGGAAUAUGAAUGUUCACUGGAGUAGAAGCUCGAAGCUGAUGUGCCGACGACGAAUCCAGGAAUAUGAGAAGAGGAUGAGAAUCGAUGUUGUUGUGUGAACUCAGAUCCUCUCGUCUCGUGUGGAUGUGACAAGUUGUGGAGUAUGUUUAUGUAAUAAUAAUAAUAAUAAUAACUUAGGUAGACAACAAGAGCACACUGUCGUGCUGCCUUCAGCGGCACUCAGAAAUGUGACUCGUCGUCGUAUAUUCACGCUCCUCUAGUAAGAGAAGAGACCAGGAGACACGUGUGGUAUGGAAACGUAGAAACUACUAAUAAUAAUGAGAACGAAUAUUGUAAAUACACAUAAAGCUAUUAUCUUUCAAUAUAUAUUUAAAAGGAUAUAUAACUAUGACUUUCGGUUGGACAGCUGCCGAAGCAUAAAUAGAUCUGAAUAACGUCAUGAAUUAAUAAUCCAUAAUUAUACAUCCACAAAGACAAACACACUCACCGUUUGUUGAUUCGUUGUCACAUGUGACGGUUAGCUGUUGCGAUGACGUCACCGUACGGCGUGGUUACCACAUUUCCGACAGCAUGUGAACGCAGCAGAGCCGCAGCGCUGCGGUCAGACAGACGCCACCACCGACGCCACCACCGACGCCUCUGUUCGGUUCACACCGGCUCCGUGACUUCACUCCGACACGCGGUCACUCGGUACAUUAACGGCUCGUCGGCGGGAUGAACUCGGAGGAGACCAACGUGGAGCUGCGGGUCGCGGAGACCAAAGAUGCUGAGGCUGAGCCCAAGGAUGCGGCGGAGCCUCCGGCUCAGGACGCUGCGGAUGCAGAUGCGACGGAGGCCGAUGUGAGCGAGGCAGACCUGGACCAGGAGGAGCAGGAGAAGCAGCUGAUGACCGGAGGACGAGGAGGACGAGGAGGAGACCGGGCCGCGGACCAUGACGCGGCGGCGCCGGUGGCGGAGAAGAACGGCUCCGUGAAGCUGAAGAUCCCCGAGGAGGCGGCGGAGGCGAAAUUCACCGGACUGAACAAGGAGGAGCUGCUGCGGGUGGCGGGGACCCCGGGGUGGGUGAGGACGCGCUGGGCGCUGCUGGGGGUGUUCUGGCUCGGCUGGUUGGGGAUGCUGCUCGGCGCCGUCCUCAUCAUCCUGCAGGCUCCUCGCUGCAGAGACCUGCCCGCCACCAGCUGGUGGAACCACGGCCCGCUGUACCAGGUCGGAAACCUCCGGGCCUUCACCGAGGCCCACGACCUGAAGGGUCUGGAGCAGAAGGUGAACGCUCUGUCGCGGCUGAAGGUUCAGGGCGUGGUGGUCGGGCCGAUCCACGUCGCUCCGCCCGACGAAGCCAUGAGCCUGAGGUUUGAAGAGGUUUCCCCUGAGGCCGGAAAUCUGGAGCAGUUCAAAGGUUUCGUUCAGGCUGCUCAUAAGAAGGGUAUCUCCGUGGUUCUGGAUCUGACUCCAAACUACCUGGGAUCAUCUGGACCCUGGUUCUCCAACAUCAGUGUGACGAACGUGGCAGAGAGACUGAAGUCUGCUCUGGUGUUCUGGCUGAACCAAGGUGUGGACGGCGUCCAGCUGUCGGAGGUGGAGCGCGUUUCCACUGUGGUGCCGUCUCUGUGGGCCGACAUCCGAGCCAUCGUCCAGAACACGACGGAGGAGUAUCCCAACAAAAGGGUCCUGAUCGGUGUCACAGAUCGAUCCUCUGCCGAGGACGUGUCCUCCCUCCUCUCCUCCACUGGUGUGGACGUCCUGAUCUCCAGGGUCCUCCGUUCCGGAGACCCAGAUGUCUCGGAGCUCGCUCGGUCCGUCCAGCGCUUGUACUCGUCCCACAACCAGACCAAGCUGGCCUGGAGCCUCGGGGGCCGGACCGAGGGACACCUGGCGUCGCUGGUGGGCCCGGCCCUGGUGAAGCUGCACCAGCUGCUGCUGCUCACGCUGCCCGGGACGCCCGUCUUCAACUACGGAGACGAGAUCGGCCUGAUGGACGAGGGCACCAAGUUUCCCAAGAUGCUGUGGGACUCAGACGAGGAGCUGAAUGAGACUCUACAGGACGAGCGAUCCGAGCGUUUGUCCUGCCUCAGUUUCUUCCGCGCUCUGAGCGAGCUGCGGGGGAAAGAGCGCUCCCUGCUGUUCGGAGACUUUGUCCUGCUCUCUAACUCCUCCUCCUCGCUGGCGUACCUGCGGGUCUGGGACCAGAGCGAGCGUUACCUGGCCGCCUUCAACUGGGCGGAGGAGGCGGCGCUGCUGCAGCUGACCGACGCCGCUCUGCCCCGGCGAGCGGCGGUGGUCCUCAGCACCAACAGCAGCGUCCUGCCCGCGGACACCAGCCUGGACCUGACAGACCUGCGGCUCGGCCCCGGACAGGCCGCACUCCUCAGGUUUCCCUACAGGGGAUAGAGCAGAGAGUCAAUUCACUUCAUGUGUUUCACUUUUAGAGCCCGAGUUAAAUCAUUCAAAUCAUCCAUCAUCAUCCAAUAAUCAUCCAUCAUCAUCCAAUAA